GCCAACAGUCUUCAAAGUUCAGAUCAGCUGCAAUUCCAGAUCCAAUCUGCCUGGCGCCUCCGAGUCUGAGCUGUGGAGCAGUGAGCACCAGUUUCUGUUUGCUGCAUUCUCAUGAUUUUUCAGGCCCUCUUUCAGGCACCUGUAGCUGAGGUGUUGAAGAAUAUCAUUCUUCACGUCCAGCAGAAAAUAGUUGGGAUUGAAAGCAAAGUCCUUUCUGCAGUGGUUGCACGUAAGGAAGGAAGGGGAGUUUCUUUCGGCGGUCAGGGGUUUCCAGACGUUGCGCUCUCUGAACUUUUGAAAUGACCUUGCGGCUCCCAACUGAGUAGCGGCAAGGUGGCGGGGUAGACUGGUAUACACAGGCAAGCAGCGGUCUGAGUGCCACCAAUCAAGUUUGUAGCGAGCAUGCCUGAACCUCUAGAAACGCACUAGAGAAAUCCAACGGGUCUGUUGCACUUGGACACCACCAAGAUGUAAGCUAUUGCUGGGGAUGGGCCACUCUUCAGUGAGUGCCGCAAAGUCCCCUUUUGCAAUUGGUCACUCGUUUGUUCUGCCAGCUGACAGCUCAAGCCUCAGUACAGCAGGGUUUGAAUCGUAAAUUCAAUGAGAAGCAGCUGACGUGCUCAAUCAAACUUAUUGUCACACUAAUCAAGCAGGAGUGCCCCACAAAGGGAGUGCUUGGAUUGUUUGAUAUUGGAGUUCCGAACAAGUGGAAGGGCCGAGCUGAGGCGCCUGUGGGCGAUGUUCACGUCUGGCAGCAGCCAGACCGUCGCACCAGGGGGCCAGCAAAGUCAGGCCGGGAGAGCAGGGUUCACCCCCCCAGAGCGGUGAAACACGGCGCACGACGUUCAGGGCGCUGUUCAAGGGGGUGGGGCCGGCGGCGCAGCCGCCCCCCCACAUCGCGCUCACGGCCGCCAACAUGUCGAACACAGACCUCCCCGCGCUCGGGAAGAAGAAGAAGCCGGGGUGCCGCAUGUGGCUCCGGUUCGACAUUUACGGGAACACCGAGGUGCUUGAGGUGGACAAAUAUGCAAUCAUGCGGCGCGCGUCCAUCCCCGCGCGCGACCUCCGCAUCCUCGGGCCGCUGAUGUCGAACUCGUCGACCAUUCUGGGGCGCGAGAAGGCGAUCGUGCUGAACUUGGAGCACAUCAAGGCGAUCAUCACGGCAGAAGAGGUCCUGCUGCUCAAUGCAAACAGCGCGGCGGUGAUCCCGUUUGUGGAGGAGCUCAGGAGGCGGAUCUCGCUGCCGGCGACGAGCCCCCUGAGGGAGGAGGCGGCGAGCCCGGACCGGGCGAACGGGAUGCAGAACCACGAUUCGCUGCCGUUCGAGUUCCGCGUGAUGGAGGUGGCGCUUGAGGCGGUGUGUAGUUACCUCGACGCUCGGACGCAAGAGCUCGAGGGCGACGCGUAUCCGGCCCUGGACGAGCUCACGGCAAAGGUGACGGUGAUGAACCUGGACCGGGUCAGAGGGCUCAAGAGUCGGCUGACGCGUCUCACGGCCAGGGUGCAGAAGGUGCGCGACGAGCUGGAGCAGCUGUUGGACGACGACGGCGACAUGGACGAUAUGUACCUGACGCGCAAGAUGCUGAACGCUCAGAAGGAGGCAUCGCGCGCGGGGUUCACGGUUGCGCCGGACGACGAAAUCCUGAACUCGCCCAUGGUCAUGUCUCGGGCCAGCAGCCGGCGCGCGUCCGGCGCGCUGAGCCAGAUGGAGAGCGACAGCGACAGCGACAGCAGCGACGGCAAGUUCGACGUGGAGGAGCUGGAGAUGCUGCUCGAGUCGUACUUUCUACAGAUCGACACCUCGCUCAAUAAGCUCUCCACGCUGAACGAGUUCAUCGACGACACGGAGGACUACAUCAACAUCGAGCUGGACAACCAGCGUAACAUCCUGCUGACGAUGCAGCUCAUGCUGACGACAGCAACCUUCGUAGUCGGCUGCUACACGGUCGUGGUCGGCGUGUUCGGAAUGAACAUCCCAAACAAGCUUUACCACAAAGGGUCCAUGUUCAAGUGGGUGGUGGGGAGCAGCAUAUUCGGGAUGUUCGUCAUCUUUUUCGCGGUCAUCGCGUACGCCAAACGGCAGAACCUGAUUGUUAUGUGAGCGGGGCCCCUCAUUGCGGUGCUUUAGAGAACAGGAUGCUAGUGGCGGCCCGUGAAAUCUUAGAACCGGAGUUAAAUCGCUCUCAUUUAAAAAGUGGAGUACCCUGGCACUGGGAGCCUAGCCUAGAGCUCGCUAACCUACGAUAAACCUAUAUAACUGACUGGAGGAUCGGUGAAGCAUCAUCAAUCCGUCUUUCCUCAUACAACUCAUGC